UAGUCGGAGCCAUUUUAAUCAUUCACGCCAACAGAGUGAAGGUGUCGGCGUGGUAGAGGAGAGUGUGUGUGUGUGUGUGUAUGUAUAUGUGUGUGGCUCUGGCAAGGAGACUGCGGUUUCUCACAAUUCUGCUGGAUUAGCUACUGUGGAGUAGUGGAAGCAUGGAUACGCCGCAACAAAAGGGAACUACGAGACGGAAAGUUUAAAGGAAGGCUGGCGCAAUUUCAUAGACCGGAGUCCCAAAGAACAGAACUGAGAAGCGAUAUGUUCGUCAUAAAGUGGGAUUUGUUGUUUGUUAUUUUCGGGUUGUGCAAAGUAAUCUCCCUGGCGAAUGGCUACAUUGUACACAUCAACGAGGAUGCGGAACCGGGGACCGUCAUUUCAAGUGUGGAACAGAGUGGGGCUUGCACUUUGGACCAGGUAAUAGCUCCGAAAUUCACAAAGCCCUUCAUUGAAACUGAUGAGGCGGCGGGCAUUGUGUCCGUUUCGGGUGCUUUGCAUUGUGACUUGUUCCUUUCAAACCCUUUCUCUGUGUAUACUGUUGCGGAUUGUGUGAGUCACGUCCCCGGUUUCAGGCACCUUUUAACUACGGAGUAUAAUGUGCAUGUUCACGGCAGAAACUGUUUAAACAAACACAAGCGUAAAACGAAAUGGGACCUUGAUGUGAUAAGUUUGUUAAAUGUCAAUAGCCAUCAGCCCGAGUGCUAUAAGGCUGGCACUUAUAUUUUCUCUGUAUGGGAUCUAUUGCCCGGUUCUCUGACCUCCAGCAAUGUGGGCUGCAAUGUUACUGCGAGUUCGGAUUUUUACCUUUCUGAUGGACAAUUAUUUGUUUCACGGGGUAUAUGCUUUAAACACGAAACUUUGUUGGAGUUUGACCUGCGCUGUAACAGACGCGGUAAGGGCGCCGCCGAGAGCGUGUUGAAACGGAGGCAUGAGAAUGCCUAUGACAUCUCCGUGCACUGGCGUGUGGGACAGGGCUCUUUCAGGCAAGGCUAUCUGGAGAAGCUGCUAAAGAGAGCGGCCCUGUCGGACUCUGGUCUAAUAAGCAGAAGGAAGCGGAAUGUCAACAGUAGCCCACAGUUUCAGCCACCCAUGUACCAGGUGUCAGUGCCAGAAAACAAGCCAGCUGGCACUCCUGUGAUUGUUUUGAAAGCUGUGGACCCUGAUGAGGGGGAGGCAGGCAGACUGGAUUACUUCAUUGAGGCUCUGUUCGACAGCCGCUCCAACAAUCUUUUUGCCGUUGACUCUGUCAGUGGGAUCGUUUCCACGGUUGAGAUACUGGAUAGGGAGACCAAGGACACGCAUGUGUUUCGAGUGACUGCAGUGGACCAUGGCACACCAAGGCGCACAGCAAUGGCAACACUGACUAUAACAGUGAGCGACACGAAUGACCACGACCCUGUCUUUGAACAGCAGGACUACAAAGAGAGUGUGCGUGAAAACUUGGAGAUUGGCUAUGAGGUUCUGACUGUGCGUGCCACUGAUGGAGAUGCACCUGUCAACGGAAACAUCUUCUACCACGUGAUCAACAGCAACGGCACCAAUGACGUAUUUGAGAUCGACUCACGCUCAGGGGUGAUUCGUACCAAGGGCCCUGUAGACCGCGAAUCUGUUGAUGCCUACAUGCUUCUGGUAGAGGCCAAUGACCAAGGUCAGGAGCCAGGCCCACGCAGUGCUACGGCAACCGUACAUAUCGUGGUGGAGGACGAAAAUGACAAUGCACCUCAGUUUAGCGAAAAGCGAUACGUGGUGCAGGUGCCUGAAGACCUGGCGCCCAACACAGAGAUCCUCCAGGUGACCGCCACGGACCAGGACAAGGGUAGCAACGCGGUGGUCCACUUCAGCAUCAUGAGCGGUAACACGCGAGGCCAGUUCUACAUCGACGCCCAGAGUGGCAAGAUGGACCUUGUAAGCCAGCUGGACUACGAGGCCAACAAGGAAUACACACUCCGCAUCCGUGCGCAGGACGGCGGUCGCCCCCCGCUCUCCAACAUCAGCGGUCUGGUCACGGUGCAGGUGCUCGACGUCAAUGACAACGCACCCAUUUUCGUGAGCACCCCCUUCCAGGCCACCGUGCUGGAGAAUGUCCCGGUGGGCUACUCAGUCAUCCAUAUCCAGGCAGUAGACGCCGACUCUGGGGACAACUCGCGUCUGGAUUACCGCCUGGUGGAGACCACCCCCAACUUCCCCUUCACCAUCAACAACAGCACAGGCUGGAUUGUGGUGGCGGCCGAGCUCGACCGAGAGAGUGUGGACUUCUAUAACUUCGGCGUCGAGGCUCGUGACCAUGGGACACCCAUCAUGUCCUCCUCGGCCAGCAUCAGCAUGACCAUUCUCGACGUGAACGACAACAAUCCAGAGUUCACGCAGAAGGCCUACUACAUGCGUCUGAAUGAGGACGCUGCUGUGGGGACAAGCGUGGUGACCGUGUCGGCCGUGGACCAGGACAUCAAUAGCGUGGUGACCUACCAGAUCUCUAGUGGUAACACGCGCAACCGGUUCUCCAUCACGAGCCAGAGCGGUGGUGGUCUCAUCACGCUGGCUUUGCCGCUGGACUACAAGCUCGAACGACAGUACGUGCUAAGCGUCACUGCCUCAGACGGCACACGAUUUGACACCACCAAGGUCUACAUCAACGUGACUGACGCCAACACGCACCGGCCAGUGUUUCAGAGCUCCCACUACACUGUGAACAUCAACGAGGACCGACCCGUUGGGACCACCGUGGUGGUGAUUAGUGCCACAGACGAGGAUACUGGGGAGAACGCACGAAUCACUUACUUCAUGGACGACAGCAUCCCGCAGUUCAACAUCGACCCCGACACGGGAGCGGUUACAACGCAAAUGGAGCUGGACUAUGAAGACCAGUUGUCCUACACGCUGGCCAUCACAGCCCGGGACAAUGGCAUCCCACAGAAGUCCGACACAACCUACUUGGAGAUCUUAGUGAGCGACGUAAACGAUAACUCCCCGCGUUUCAUCCGAGAUCGCUACACGGGCUCGGUGAUGGAGGACGUGCCGGUGUUCACCAGCGUGGUCCAGGUGUCCGCCACAGACCGCGACUCUGGGCUCAACGGACGCGUGUUCUACACCUUCCAAGGUGGUGAAGAUGGUGAUGGUGACUUCAUCAUUGAGUCCACCUCUGGGAUUGUCCGCACGCUGCGACGCCUUGACCGUGAAAACAUGCCGAUUUACAACCUGCAGGCUUACGCGGUGGAUAAAGGAGUGCCGGCUCUCAAAACACCCGUGGACAUCCAGGUGACAAUCCUGGACGUGAACGAUAACCCUCCCGUGUUUGAGAAAGACGAGUUUGACAUCUUGGUGGAAGAGAACAGCCCCAUUGGGCUGGUGGUCGCCCACAUAUCAGCCUCGGACCCCGAUGAGGGGAGCAACGCUCAGAUCAUGUACCAGAUUGUGGAGGGCAACAUCCCUGAGGUGUUCCAGCUGGACAUCUUCUCUGGGGAACUCACUGCGCUGAUGGACCUGGACUACGAGGUCCGCUCUGAGUAUGUGAUCGUGGUCCAGGCCACCUCUGCCCCACUGGUGAGCCGAGCCACGGUCCACAUCAAGCUCAUUGACAAGAACGACAACGUCCCCGUCCUCAAAAACUUCCAGAUCAUCUUCAACAACUAUGUGACGGACAAGUCCAACAGCUUCCCCACAGGUGUGAUUGGCCGGAUCCCGGCUUUCGACCCGGAUGUGUCGGACCAGCUGCAUUACAGCUUUGAGGCUGGAAAUGAGUUAAAUCUGGUCUUGCUCAACCAGAGCACUGGAGAGAUUCGGCUGAGCCGUGACCUUGACAACAACAGACCCCUGGAGGCUUCCAUGAGGAUUGCAGUCUCAGAUGGGGUCCAUUCGGUGUCAGCUCAGUGUCUGCUGCAGGUGACCAUCAUCACAGACGAGAUGCUCUCCAACAGCAUCACGCUGCGCCUGGCCAACACGUCACAAGAGCGCUUCCUGUCGCUGCUGCUGGCCCAGUUCCUGGACGGUGUGGCGCGUGUUCUCUCGGCUUCGCGUGAGGACGUGGUCGUCUUCAACGUCCAGGACGACACCGACGUCAGCGCCAGCAUCCUCAAUGUCAGCCUCUCCGUGGCCGUGCCGGUGACCGGAAGGGGCGGCCAUGGCGUGGAGUUCCUGGGCUCGGAGGAGCUGCAGGAGCGGCUGUACCUGAACCGCAGCCUGCUGGCGCGCAUCUCCUCGCAGGAGGUGCUGCCCUUCGACGACAACAUCUGCCUGCGCGAGCCCUGUGAGAACUACAUGAAGUGCGUCUCGGUGCUAAAGUUCGACAGCCUGGCGCCCUUUGUGGCGUCCGACACCAUCCUGUUCCGGCCCAUCCAGCCCAUCGCUGGCCUGCGCUGCCGCUGCCCGGCCGGCUUCACGGGGGACUACUGCGAGACCGAGGUGGACCUGUGCUACUCCAAGCCCUGCGGGCCGCACGGCGUCUGCCGCAGCAGGGAGGGAGGCUACACCUGCGAGUGUCUGGACGACUACACAGGUAGGAGCUCUCUCCACAGGCAGACCAGCUCUGUUCUGAAGCAUCUCCUGUUCGCCACCAGAGAACCCAACGGCCUGCUGCUCUACAACGGCCGCUUCAAUGAAAAGCAUGACUUCAUCGCCGUGGAGAUCGUUAACCAGCAGAUCCAGCUGACGUUCUCUGCAGGCGAGACCAAGACGACGGUGUCCCCUUACGUCCACGGCGGUGUGAGCGACGGCCAGUGGCACGUGAUCCAGGUGCACUACUACAACAAGCCUAUUCUAAACCAGGCCGGCCUCCCUCAGGGCCCAUCCGACCAGAAGGUUGUCGUGGUGACUGUGGAUAACUGUGACACAUCUGUGGCACUGAGAUUCGGUCACGUGAUUGGGAACUACUCCUGCUCAGCCCAAGGCAGCCAAUCAGGAUCUAAGAAAUCUUUAGACCUAACGGGUCCUCUGCUGCUGGGAGGGGUCCCCACACUACCCGAGGACUUCCCCAUUCAGAACAGGCAGUUUGUAGGCUGCAUGAAGGAUCUGCGCAUAGACAACCGCCACAUCGACAUGGCCAGCUUCAUCGCCAACAACGGCACACUGCCAGGCUGCUCGGCCAAGAGGCACUUCUGCAACACCAGCCCCUGCCUGAACGGAGGCACCUGUGUCAACUUGUGGGGAUCCUACAGCUGUGACUGCCCCCUAGGCUUUGGAGGACGCAACUGCGAGAAAGUGAUGCCAAAUGCACAGCGUUUCCAAGGAAACAGCCUGUUGCUGUGGAGCAAUUUGGCGGUGUCUGUGACGUUGCCAUGGCAGCUCGAGAUCAUGUUCCGAACCCGGGAACCGAGCUCGACCCUCUUGCACCUGACAGCGGGUCAGCACCACAACCUGACUCUGCAGCUGCGGGAGGGCAGACUGCAGCUGCUGGUGCAGCGUGGCGAGGACUCCGGGCUGUCUCGUCUUGAUGAUGUCACGGUGAAUGACGGGGACUGGCACCACGCCCAGGUGGAGCUGCAGGGGGCUGCUGGAGGAGGAACUGGACGCCACAGGCUCGUUCUGACCUUUGACCACGGCCUCUACACAGCCAGUAUGGAGGUGGACAACAAGCUGAAGGGGGCCAAACUGAAGACACUGAGUGUGGGGGGCUUCACUGGGAACAACGGCAAAGUGUUGCAGGGAUUCCGUGGCUGCAUUCAGGGUCUGCGUAUAGGGGACGGCCCCAGCAGCAUGGUGUCGCUGAGUCUGUCUCAGGCCCGGCGGGUCAACGUGGAGUCGGGCUGCAAUGUGCCAGACCCCUGCCUGUCCAACCCCUGCCCAGCCAACAGCUACUGCAGCGACGAUUGGGACUCCUACUCCUGCACCUGCCACACAGGUUACUAUGGCACCAACUGCACUGACGCAUGCAUGCUGAACCCCUGCGAGCACCAAUCAGCUUGCACCAGGAAGCCAAGCUCCUCCCACGGCUAUGUGUGUGACUGCCCCAGCAACUACUUUGGCCAGUACUGCGAAAAAAAGACUGACCUGCCAUGCCCUAGAGGUUGGUGGGGUCAUAAGACAUGUGGGCCAUGUGACUGCCAAACAGACAAGGGCUUCGAUGCUGACUGCAACAAGACCAGUGGGGAAUGCCGCUGCAAGGAUAACCAUUACCGGCCACUGGGCAGUGACAUGUGUCUGCUGUGCGACUGCUACCCGGUGGGCUCCUUCUCGCGUGCGUGCGAUCGGGAGAGCGGCCAGUGCCAGUGCAAAGCCGGUGUCAUCGGGCGCCAGUGCGACCGCUGCGACAACCCCUUCGCCGAGGUCUCUGCCAAUGGCUGCGAAGUGAUCUAUGACAGCUGUCCCCAGGCCAUCGAGGCGGGGAUCUGGUGGCCCAGGACCAAGUUUGGCCUCCCUGCCGCAGUGCCCUGUCCCAAGGGCUCCGUGGGCACAGCCAUUCGUCACUGUGAUGAGCACAAAGGCUGGCUGCCUCCCAACCUCUUCAACUGCACCUCGGUCACCUUCACCAAACUCAAGACACUGGCGGAUCGUCUAACCCGUAACUCGUCCCUGCUGGAGUCGUCGGAGGUGCAGCGCAUGGCCACACAGCUGGCCAACGCCACGCGCCACACCCGCAGUUACUACGGCAGCGACGUGAAGGUGGCGUACCGGCUGACCCAGAGCCUGCUGCUGCACGAGAGUAGCCAGCAGGGCUUCAGCCUGGCCGCCACGCAGGACGUGCACUUCAACGAGAACCUGCUGCAGGUGGGCAGUGCCAUCCUGGCGGGGGAGACGCGUCCGCACUGGGAGCUGAUCCAGCAGACGGAGGGUGGCACGGCGGCGUUGCUGCGCCAGUAUGAGGAGUACACCAACACUCUGGCCCAGAACAUGAGGAAGACCUACCUCAGCCCCUUCACCAUCGUCCUGCCCAACAUCGUCAUAUCCAUUGACCGGCUGGACAAGAUGAACUUUGCUGGUGCCAAGCUCCCACGUUAUCAGUCCCUACGCGGCCCCCGACCUUUUGACCUCGAGACAGCGGUCACACUCCCUGACUCGGUCUUCGAGCCCGCUACAGAAGGCAAAGGUCAACGGCCGGCGGACCCCCUCCCAGAGGCCAUCGGCAUCAACCGGACAUCGGCAUCCAAUCGUAGGCGGCGGCACCCGGAUGAGCAAGAGGAGGACGCCAUCGCCAGUGUCAUCAUCUUUCACAGCCUGGCAGGACUGCUGCCCGAAAGAUAUGACCCUGACAAGAGGAGUCUGAGAGUUCCCAAGCGGCCCGUUAUCAACACCCCGGUGGUGAGCAUCACGGUGCAUGACAAUGAGGAGCUGUUGCAGCACGCCCUGAACAAGCCCAUCACCGUGCAGUUCCGCCUCGUCACCACCGAGGAGCGCUCCAAGCCCAUCUGCGUCUUCUGGAACCAUUCUAUAGUAACUGGGUCACCCGGGGGCAGUGGUGCCUGGUCAGCUAAAGGCUGUGAUGUGGUGUUCCGGAACAGCACCCACAUCAGCUGCCAGUGCUACCACAUGACCAGCUUCGCUGUGCUCAUGGACAUCUCCAGACGAGAGAACGGGGAGAUCCUGCCGGUGCAGCUGGUGACGUGGAGCACGGUGGGCGUGACGCUGGGCUUCCUGCUGCUGACCAUGCUCUUCCUGGCGUGCCUGCGGGCCAUGCACAGCAACCGCACCAGCAUCCUCAGCAACGCCGCCGCCGCCCUCUUCAUCGCCGAGUUGACCUUCAUGCUGGGCAUCAACCAGGCCGACAACCCUUUCUUGUGCACGGUGAUUGCCAUCCUGUUGCACUUCUUCUACCUGUGUGCGUUCUCCUGGCUCUUCCUGGAGGGCCUGCACGUGUACCGCAUGCUCACUGAGCUGCGUGACAUCAACUACGGCCCCAUGCGCUUCUACUACAUGAUUGGCUGGGGCGUGCCUGCAUUCAUCACAGGGCUGGCGGUGGGCCUGGACCCAGAAGGCUACGGGAAUCCAGACUUCUGCUGGCUCAGCAUCUACGACACGCUCAUCUGGAGCUUUGCAGGGCCCAUCGCCCUGGUGGUGUCUAUGAACAUCUUCCUGUACAUCCUGGCAUCCAAAGCCUCCUGCUCCAUGCGUCACCACAGCUUUGAGAAGAAGGAACCGCCUGUUACGGGCUUGAGGACUGCGUGUGGCGUCCUCUUCCUAGUCACAGUGACCUGUCUGCUGGGCAUCCUGUCGGUCAACAGUGAUAUGAUCAUCUUCCACUACCUGUUCGCCGGAUUCAACUGUCUGCAGGGACCCUUCAUCUUCUUCUUCCGCAUCGUGUUCAAUAAGGAGGCGAGGGACGCCAUGAAGUACUGCUGCAGCCGCAAGAGGCCCGAUCACAUGAUCAAGUCAAAGCCCUCUUCGUACAACUGCAACACCAGCUACAUGGACGGGCGUCUGUACCACCUGCCGUUUGGAGACUCCAGCGGCUCCCUCAACGGCACCCUACAGAGCGGCAAGAGUCAGCAGAGCUACGUGCCUUUUGUCCUCAGAGAUGAUGUUGGGAUGGAUAACAGCCAGGCCCACAUUGCGCUGAACGACCAUAACUCCCUCUUUCAUGACGUCAAAGAACAUGUAGAUGAUGAGGAUUCGGACUCUGACAGUGACCUGUCUGAGCUGGAGGACGACCAGAGCGGCUCCUACGCCUCGACCCACUCCUCGGACAGCGAGGACGAGGAUGGGCCGUACCCUGAGGAGGAAUGCUGGGAAAGUCUGGCCACUGGCUCCGGCAAACGUCCACAUGGGGAGUAUGCAGAUGACGAUGAAAGUGGGGCCGAGAAGUUGAGGGUGGAGACGCUGACCCAUCCUGACGACCGAUACGGAGACAGAGCAGAGACUUAUGGGAAGGAGAACAUGCUUCUGCUCCUGCCCAGCAUCCCCAACCCCAAUGCCCACCCACAGAAAGGCAUCCUGAAGAAGAAGCAGCUGUCUCCAAUUGCUGAAAGGAACGGCAUCAACCGCAUCCACAACGAGCUGGCUGGCCCCACCUCCUCGCGAGGCUCCUCCUCCAGUGAGGGGAAAGGUAGUGGGGCGAAGGCCAGCGUGCCGGAGCAGCUGAACGGUGUGGCGCUGAGCAUCAAGGCCAAGGGGACCAUGGACGACGACUCGUCAGGAUCAGAGGCUUUGUCAGUGCACAGUCGCACAAAGUCUCCUUUUACUUAGCUAAGUCCUAGAGCCACACUCCCACAUUCUGUUUCCUGCCUCCUGACCUUCACGACCACACACCAGUGUAUUCUUAUUGGCCGGAAGAGGAGAAGAGUGACAGGAGGGCGGGUCUGAGGAGUCCUUCUGUUUCUCUGUGUCUUAAGCUGUAUUUCAUUUAUAAUGUUUUACAUCCGAAAACUGCACCAUCAUCUCUCUCUCAGUAGAGUUCCUUUUUUUUGUGCCAAACCUCAUGCGCGUCUGUCUGCCCCAGACCACGACAGGGCUGCACUGAUCACACUGAGGCCAUCUUUGGUUUCCUCAUUAUGGUUUUAGCAUAUCUUUUUUUUGUUUUUUUUUGUUUACAUACUUGAAGCAAUGCACUUUUUUUGAUCAGUUAUGAUGCUCAGUUCGAUGCCAUGCUCACCCAUGAAAACAGGAAUUCACCUCCAGUUGUUGUCUUUAUAAUUAUUAUUGUUGUUUUUUUAUGUCAAACAGAGGAAAUGUGAUUAAGUUCCUCUUUGGCUGGGUUACUUGGUUCCGAUUGAACACUGCUUUCGGGGAAGUUCCCCCGUCCAAUCACAACCACUCACUACUCCUGGAAGGGCCAGUUGUACAGUUUAAUUUUUAUGUUUACGUUUUUAAGAAAAUGCUUUGUGAAGGAAGAUGCUAAUCAAGAGUGCAGAUGACCUCAGACGUCUGCUUAUUAAACAGACUGUGCUAGGAGUAACCCAGAGAGCAUGACUGCUUCUGGAUAGGACUACUGCUGAUACCAGGAAGGUCAGACACUGAAGGCCUGUGCUGAUGUAUAAAGACACAUCUUGCAGAAUGUGUAGCGUGAGGACUAAAGACAGACAUCCAGCUGCUACAGACAAAUAGAGAGGUGUUGCCACCGCACAACAUCAUGGAAAUGCUAUAAACUGCUGAAUCACUGUGGUUCUUCACAAGGCCGAUCGUCAUGAUGACCCCUCCAGUUCUGGAAUUCUCUCUUAAGACUGUGAACCUGCCGGCCUGCCUUGUCCACCACUAGGCCUUUUGUUUUAUAACACCAGUGGGAGACUUUUCAAGAAAUCUGAUCAGAGGGAAAAAACAAACAUGUGUGACGUGCUACAAAGGACUUUUGAUACAUAAAAGAAAACUUUUGUAAAAAAAAGACAAAAAUGCUGGGAGAGAAUUUUAUAUGACCAUUUGAAAACGCUCCUUAUCUUUUGGUUUUGUUUUGAAAGCAAUGUUUUGUCUGAGAGAUUUGCCUUUCGCCGUUUUGUUUCUGUGAUAACUUUGUAUUUUAUAGAUUAGAUAUGAUAUGAAGGCCACAAUACUGUUUUGUAAAAUACUGGCAAAUGUGUGAUGUUUGUAGAGAUGUUACUGUACAGACUUGUAAGGAGAGCAUAAACUAUUUACACUAAUACUCCCCUCCCCCACUUCAAGGAGUACUCAUUACAAAUGUAUUCGUGUUGAUAGAAAUAAACCACUGAUUCCCUGAUUCUUACCAUAUUACUUAAAGCCUACAUGUCACAUGACUCGUAUGAUGGGAUGGGAUUUCAAUCAAUUAAUCUGUUUUGUGAAUUUUGAAGAAAAACGUCUUUCAUAUUAAGUUAUUUUUGUUUUUAUGUUCUUUUUCCAGGUUCGUCAUUACGAGAGUGUAGAUAAUUUAUAGAUAUAAAUGACUAGCUUUCAAAUGUUGUGUUCCAUAUAAUUUGACUUUUACUAAGCUCUGAAGUCUAUGAUUUACAGGCAUGUAUUCAGCCUACGAAUGCACAAAUGCAUUGGUCUUUGUUCACUCUUUUGCCGUGCUCAAUGAUCAAACCCAAGGAAAAGCUCACACAGAAGUGAAAAUGGCUAUUAACGCCUGUCAGUCUUUGUAAAUGAUGUUGCUUCACUCUGUUUACUGAGAAAAGGUGACAAGGCUGGUUAUUUUGAACAUAGCUACAGAUGUUUGAUGUAAUUUCUGUCUAUAGUGCAGUCAAGGUACUACUGAAUCAAUCCUUUAUCAUGUUCACCAAUGCUGAUAUUAUAAGGGGGCUAUAAUAUGUGGAAGCAAUGUCUCUUAGUGGUCUAAACUGCCCUCUAUAUUUUUGGCUGAAUUCACUCUACUCUUUCUGGAAUUUUCCACAUUCUGUGGCUUAUAUCUUCAUGUGACAGGACAGAUGCGUUCUGUCUCUUGAUAUUUUCCCAGCUAUUGAUGUCAAAGCUUUAGUGAAACAGGGUAGAAAAACAUAUGGGUUGUAUUUUUCUAUGUGAAACCGCUUUGUAAUGGACCACACCAAACUUGGAGUAAAUCAGACUGUGUUUUUAAUGUUU